CGUAAAUAGGGGCGAAUCCGUUUCCAAGCACCCAUUUUCCAAUGAGUGCGUUGGUCAAGACCAAGCUGCUCCCUAGUGGUCAUUCCAUCCCUUCUGUCGCAUUGGGCGUGUACCAGAGCGCUCCUGGUUCCGAGACGUACGACGCCGUGCUCGCUGCUCUCAAGCUCGGGUACCGCCACAUCGACACUGCCACCGUCUACCGCAACGAAUCGGAUGUGGGUAAAGCCAUUCGGGACUCGGGGAUCCCCCGCAACGAAAUCUUCGUAACCAGCAAAAUUGUCGCCUCCCGCACCCGAUGGAACUACGAUGAGGUGGUGGAAGGGGUUCGUUUGAGCAACCGCAAGCUCGGACUCGAGUACAUUGACCUGUAUCUACUGCACGCCCCCUUUGACAGUACUACACGUGCUGAAGCCUGGAAGGCACUUGAAGAUAUGCAGACGGAGGGGAUUUUGCGUGACAUUGGCGUGUCCAACUUUGGCGAGCUGCAUCUGCAAAGGCUGGCGGAGACGUGGCGUGUAAAGCCUGCGGUGAACCAGGUGGAGCUGCAUCCGUGGUUGGCUCGUGCCGAUACAGUCAAGUACUGCGAGGAGCAGGGAAUUAUCAUGGAGGCGUAUUCACCUUUGGCUCGUGCUCAGAAGAUGCAUGACCGUACGCUGAAGCUGAUUGCGAGUGAGGUGGGUGCUACUUAGGCCCAAGUCUUGAUCGCGUGGAGUCUGGCAAAGGGCUUCGUGGCUCUACCGAAGUCAGUGACCGAGUCCAGAAUUAAGGAGAAUCUGGAGGCUGCCAAGUUGGAGCUCACGAGUGAGCAGAUGGAAAAGUUAAACGGCUUGGACGCGUACUUUGUGACGGCAUGGGACCCGAUCAAGGACCACGCUGUGUAAAAAGUGAAAUCUACUACCACGUUGACACUACCCGCUACUAUAUCCUGACUUGUUAGCAAUGCUUCAUGCACAAUGCCAAUACGUAUGUUAAGCAUUAUUUGGCGUCUAAAUUACGAAUAGAGUGGCGGGAGGUUGAAGGACGCAUGACCAGGGACGACUUCUGUGUUGGUUCCAAGGCGAUGAGCCUGAAUGAACCCAGUCGACCCGGAGCCCUCGAGCGAGCUAAAAGUGAUUUCACCUCCGAAAUAGCGUGCAAAUAACCUUGCCAUCGGCAGUCCAUAGCCACCUCCACUAAAGUGUUGCCUGUAGGCUGCAUUGGAGUCGAUAGGUGGGCAAGGAGCGCUUGUGGUGUAGUCGUAGUGCCACAACUUAUUCCAGCGACUGCGUGGAAUACCUCCGCCCUCGUCACUGACCUUGAUGGUCAGAUCCUCACUGCCCACGCAAAUUACGAUUUCCACUGGCGGUAGUUCUCCUCCAAGCUUGUAUUUACUAACGUCAGGGAAUAUCUUGACACCAGAAACGUCUUCAACCUGCACAAAGAACUUAGUGAGCACAAAAUAGAAGCUUCACAUGCGAUCCAUACUA